AUGAAAUCAAUUUUAAUUUUACUUGCUUGUCUCAUUGUAUGUGUAUUUGGUACAAAUUACAAUGCACCAUGUGGAUCUGGAACUUGUGGAGAUCACCAGACAUGUCUCAACUACCAAGACCACCCAUACUGUGUAAUCAAUGAUGAUUGUAAGAUGGUUGCAGUUGCACAAUACAAGAAUGGAACAUGGUGCGAAGGCGAUGGAAAGGAAUUCUCCAAGUACGAUGUCUACAUUUACAACUAUGGUAACCAAGUCGUCAAGAAUGUCUACAUUGACACUGACUGUACCCUCAAGUUCCGUAACUUUAAUGCUGCCGACUGCUCUGGCUCCUUCUGGAACGUCAACUUUGAUUCUCACCAUGGUGUCUUUACUCUUCCAGCCUACAGCACUGGUAUCGCUCCAAAGGAUGCUCACUACUUUGGUUAUAUCAUCGAAGGUCGUCAAUCACCAAAUCUCAAGAUUCGUCGUGUUGAUUUCUAA